GAGUUUUCUUUCCUGGCUGUGGGUGAUCGACUGGAGGUGCUGCAGUCAGGCCAGGCCCUCGGGAGCCAGGGCCAGGACAUAGAUAUCUUGGUAUGUCAGCGGCUGAGUGAGCGGGACUGGGAGGAAGAGGAGGUGGAGGACCAAGAACAGAUUCUGUUGCCUCUCUACCUCCCUGGUGGCUUUGUGGAGGAAAUGAAUGACAACCGGCGCUAUAGCCUUGCAGAUCUGACUGCCCACUUCCCCCUGCCCUGUGAGGUCAAGGUAGUAGCCAAGGACACUGGCCAUCCCACGGAUCCUCUGGUCUCAUUCCCGGGCCUGCGGCUAGAGGAGAAGAUCACAGAGCCCUUCUUGGUGGUGGGCCUGGACUCCCAGCCGGGGCUAUACUUCGAAAUCCCUCCUCGGUGGCUGGACCUGACUGUGGUGGAGGCUGAGGGGCAGCCAGGCCAGAUGGCUAGGCCUCUCCCUGUGGCUACAGUGGAGGAGCUGUCAGAGGCUGUCUACUACAGCCUUCGGAAGCUACCCGUCUAUGAGAGCCAAACUCCCCCACCCAGGCCCCCAAAGAGUCAGAGCCUCAGUGAGCAGCAGAAGGGAAGACAGAGCUACAAGCAGGGCAGUGACAAGGUAAUGGCUGGGAGGGGGACACCUGUUGGGCUCACUCUGGAUCUGUCCCUCGCUUCCUUGCCUGUCACGUUUCUUUCUUCUGAUUACACAGAACUUGCUAAUUAUAAAGACAUACUCUCUGCACCAACUGUUUCCAUUCGGUCUUCCCGAUCCUAAAGUUGGUAUCCUUACCAGUAUUUUCUGAUGGAGAAGGUCAAGGCUGAGAUUCUGAAAUGUGCCCGAAGUCCACCGUAGCAAGAGGCCCAAGCCCAACCGUGAACAGUCUAUGACUCCCAAGUUUGCAUAUUUUCCCUUCUGUCACCCAGCCCACUCAAGGUGGAGAUUUCAUCUGUUCUCACCUAAACUCUUACUACUGUUAGGAUGCCCUCCUGUCCUCUCAUUUCUGAUGCUGUGAUAAAAUGCCCUGACCAAAAGCAACUUUGGGGAGGAAAGGUCACAACUCCAGGUCACUGUGGAGAAGUCAGAGGCUGGGGCUCAAGACAGCUGGUCAUAUCACAUCCACAGUUAAGGGCGGAGAGAAAUGAAUGGACCCAUGCUGCCCGUUUCCUUUCUUGCUCACUUUUACACAGUUCAGGCCCCAGCCUAGGGAAUGGUGCCACCCUCAGUGGGCUGAGUCUUCCAACAUCAGUGAACAAUUCCAGACAGUCCCCCACAGGUACACCCACCGACCCAUCUGAUCUAGAAAAUUUCUCAUUUAAGACUCUUCCCAGGUGAUUCAGUGUUGUGUCCACUUGACAGUUAAGACUUACCAGUAUACCCUCCUAAAGCUUUUCCUGAUCACCCGCUGGACUGUGUGUGACCUGAGGGUCCUCUGUGAGUUGACUCCAAUCUGGCCUUCCUGGGCCACCUCCCACCACCACUCUGUGGUCCCCAUUCUAGCCACAAGAGGGGCUCUGGGUGCCAGGAAUCUGGCCUGGCACUCUACACGCUGGGCCUACUGCCAGCACCUCCUCCUCUCUCCCUUCAGGCUUGGGAGGAGAUGAGGCUCAAAUUCUUGGACAGAGUUGGCCCUGUUCCCUUUGUCAUCUCACUGCUGUAUCUGUAGCCUGGAGACUUAUUUUCAGGUAGUUGUUUCACUGGCCAAAAAGAGAGUUGUAUGGGGCCAGGGGGUCCACCUGCUGAAGGCUGGUGAGCACUGCUGAACUGAGCCAAAGGGACUCACAGACACAGGAGUGGGGCGCCCAAGCUACCCCCUCUGAGCAUCUUUGCUUACAGUUAAACCUGAGAGAACUUCACCAACAUGCCCUUGUGUUAGCUGCUUCCUGUCUAUCAUGUGAUCACCCCCCACCCUCACCCCCAUAGGCUCCUAUAAUUCUCUUGCCUGAGCUCACA